AUGUCAUUGGCCAGUAGGUACAAGCUUUUGGAGUCAAAAUUAGAAUCCACACUUAAGAAGUCUCUCGAAAUAAAAGAAGAAAAAAUUGCUGCUCUGGAGGCUCGUUUAGAAGAAUCAACAAAUUUAAACCAGCAGCUCCGUCAGGAACUUAAAACAGUGAAAAAGAACUAUGAAGCACUCAAGCAAAGACAGGAAGAGGAAAGGAUGGUUCAGAAUUCUCCUCCAAGAAGUGGAGAAGACAAUCAAUCUGUCAAUAAGUGGGAGAAAGAAAAUCAGGAAACUACUAGAGAAUUAUUGAAGGUUAAAGACCGAUUAAUCGAAGUGGAGAGGAAUAAUGCUACACUGCAGGCAGAGAAGCAAGCCCUGAAGACACAGCUAAAGCAGCUUGAGACACAGAAUAGCAAUCUGCAGGCUCAGAUUCUUGCACUCCAGAGGCAGACUGUUUCUCUGCAGGAACAAAAUACAACUCUACAAACUCAAAAUGCCAAGCUGCAGGUUGAAAAUUCCACCCUCAAUUCUCAGAGCACGUCUCUUAUGAAUCAGAAUGCACAGCUGCUGAUCCAGCAGUCAGCUCUAGAGAAUGAAAACGAAGGUGUGCUGAAGGAACGGGAGGACCUGAAGUCACUGUAUGAGGCACUCCUCAAAGACCAUGAGAAGCUGGAACACCUGCACGAGCACCAGGCCUCCGAGUAUGAGUCUCUGAUAGCUAAACAUGGGAGCCUGAAAUCUGCCCACAAGACUCUGGAGGUGGAGCAUAAGGACUUAGAAGAUAGGUACAAUCAGUUGCUGAAACAAAAAGUGCAGCUGGAAGAAUUGGAGAAAGUUCUCAAGACAGAACAGGAGAAGAUGCAGCAGCAAAAUGAAAAACAUGAAACUGUAGCAGCAGAGUAUAAAAAACUUCGUGAUGAAAAUGAAAGGCUUACUCAUACAUACAGUCAGCUCUUGAGAGAGAACGAAGUUCUCCAAACAGAUCAUAAGAAUUUGAAAACAUCACUGAACAGCUCUAAACUAGAACAAACACGACUAGAAGCUGAAUUUUCUAAACUCAAGGAACAAUACCAACAACUGGAUAUUACAUCGACCAAACUAAACAAUCAGUGUGAGCUGCUUAGCCAGCUUAAAGGAAAUCUGGAGGAGGAGAACAGACAUCUACUAGAUCAAAUUCAGACAUUAAUGCUACAGAAUAGAACACUACUGGAGCAGAAUAUGGAAAGCAAGGAUCUCUUCCAUGUAGAGCAGAGGCAGUACAUUGACAAGCUAAAUGAGUUGAGGCGACAGAAGGAGAAAUUGGAGGAGAAGAUAAUGGAUCAGUAUAAAUUCUACGAACCAUCUCCACCCAGAAGGAGGGGCAACUGGAUUACUCUGAAAAUGAGGAAGCUGAUAAAAUCCAAGAAGGAUGUAAAUCGUGAGCGUUUGAAGUCCAUGACCCUCACGCCCACCCGUUCAGAAUCCAGUGAAGGAUUCCUGCAGCUGCCCCACCAGGACAGCCAGGAUAGUUCCUCUGUGGGCUCAAACUCUCUCGAGGAUGGCCAGACCCUGGGGACCAAAAAGAGUAGCAUGGUUGCACUGAAAAGACUGCCCUUUUUGAGGAACAGACCGAAGGAAAAAGACAAAAUGAAGGCCUUCUACCGUCGCUCCAUGUCCAUGAAUGACCUGGUGCAGUCCAUGGUCCUAGCAGGAGGACAAUGGACAGGUAGUUCUGAGCAUCUGGAGGGUCCUGAUGAUAUAUCUACGGGUAAAAGGAGGAAGGAAUUGGGAGCUAUGGCCUUCUCUACUACAGCUAUCAACUUUGCAGCUGUCAACUCUUCUACAGGCUUCAGAUCCAAGCAGUUGCUAAAUAAUAAAGAUACUACAUCCUUUGAAGAUGUAAGUCCACAAGGUAUUAGUGAUGAUUCUAGUACAGGAUCGAGAGUUCAUGCUUCCAGACCAGCCAGCCUUGAUAGUGGCAGAACAUCCACUAGCAAUAGCAAUAACAAUGCCUCACUCCAUGAAGUCAAAGGUGCAGCUCCCAGCCAGAGCAGGCCGCAGAGCCACAGCAGUGGGGAGUUCAGCCUGCUGCACGAGCACGAGGCGUGGUCCAGCAGCAGCAGCAGUCCUGUGCAGUACCUGAAGGGCCACACGAGGUCCAGCCCCGUGCUGCAGCAGAGGCCGCCCGAAGCCCCGGAGGGUCGCGGCAAGCAGGCCAAGACCGGCUCUCCGGGGAGUGAAGUUGUCACCCUGCAGCAGUUCUUAGAAGAGAGCAACAAGAGUACCUCAAGUGAGUUGAAAUCUGCAAGUGAAGAGAAUCUUUUAGAUGAAGUCAUGAGAAGCUUGUCUGAGUCUGCGGAGCUGGCGGGAAGGGAGAAGCUGCGGAAGCAGCCGCCCGCCGGCUGUGGCAUCGUGAGGUCCUUGAGUGUAAAAAACACCCUUGAUUUCCCUGAUGGACGGUCCCUUAAACCAGAGCAGCUUGUGAGGCCCAGCCUUCGGAAAGCUGAAGAUCCCUACUUCACCAGCUCCCCAGGGAAGUUCACCUCGGGCGCUCAAAGGAAGGCCAAGUCGGUGAAAGAGAAGGCACAAGGCAGCGUGUCGCAGCGACCGCCGAGAGAUUGCAACCCCUACGCCACCCUGCCCCGUGCCAGCAGCGUCAUUUCCACGGCUGAGGGCACCACCCGCAGGACCAGCAUCCACGACUUCUUGUCCAAGGACAGUAGACAGCCCGUGUCAGUUGAUCCAGCGCCGCCCGCCGCUGACAGAAGUGUCCCGCCAGCCUCCAAUGUGGAAGCUAUCCCAGAAAGCAGAAAUUCAAAAAGCAGGUCUAGGGAGCAACAAAGCUCCUAAUUCUAUUACCCACUACAUGAGAUGUGGGCCAAGUGAGAGAAAAGUGUCCUUCAGUAUCUCAGUGUGAAGCCUUUAUAUCUGAAGUAACAAGACAGCGACUGUAGGAAUCAUUAAUAAAAAUUAAGGGAAUUUUUUACAUUCUUCAUGACUAGAACAGGCAAGAAAUAAAAACCUACCUACCUACCUUCCUUCCUUGAAUCAAGGAGCUCUACUGGAGUCUACUGCCGAGAAUCUGUAGAUGGUCUUAGGAAUUAUUGCACAUUGCACUGUUAAGAUCUACUGAAUAAAGGACAGUUCUCAUCUCCCUAAGGACCAAGAAUUUUAAGGUCUCAAGAAUUACUCCAGGGGAAAAAAAA